GUAAAUGGAAAAACGCGGGCCUGGUAACUUCGUCGUAAACGUGGGCCUUGUAAAUUCGUCGUAAACCAAUGUUUCGACGUAAUUUCGUCGUAAAUCGAAAAACACGGGCCUGGUAACUUCGUCGUAAAUGGAAAAACACGGGCCUGGUAACUUCGUCGUAAUGUUACGAGGAAGUUACGAGGAAACCGUUUUUAUAUAUAUGGGAGAAGUCGAAGAUACGAGCACUGCUCGUAUCUUCCUCCCUAACUCCUCUCCCCCUCUAAGGUAACUUUCUCUCUCUAUCUUUUUUUUUUUUUUUAUAGUUUAGGUUGUUAGUUUAGGUGAUUAGUUUAGGGAAUUAGUUUAGGUGAUUAGUUAACGGAAUUAGUUUAGAUGAUUAGUUUAGAAAAUUAUUUUAAACAAUUCGUUUAGGAUAUAUAUUAAUUUAAUUUUUUUAAAUUUUCUAGAUGGCUCCUAGACCGAGACCAGCAGCUCCUGCACCUACGUAUGCGGAUUUGUUUGGCGAUGGAUCUUCCUCUAGCGGUCCAUCGUCUUCUUCCGGGACAGUUCCAGACUCUCACACAUCUCGGAGAGUUCCUUCGACCCCUCCUCCUCUUCCAUCUCAGAUGCCUCCCCCACGAGCUCCACCUGUCGCCCCGGAUCAGCCUGCCCCACCGGCUGCAGUUCAUCCCGAUUUGCGGGUGCCAGCUCAUGCACCAUUCGCAAGAUACACCGUCGAGGAUUUGCUUGCCCAGCCCGGACGAGAGGGUUUACACGUUCUGGACCCCGAUAGACCCCCGGGUACUUAUUGGUUUGGGGCUAACAACCGUGUUAGCCGGAGCGUUUCAGAGACGAUGAAGGGAUAUUAUGACGGCCCUUAUCCCAACUGGACCAUGACUCCCGAUCACGUCAAGACGACGUGGUUUAAAUGUUUUGCGGUAAUUAUAUUUACAUAUUAUUAAUAUUUAUAUUGUUAAUUAAAUAAUUAUUAUUUUUUUUCUAAUCUUUUAAAAUGUUUGUUUUUUCAGCAAAGGUGGAACUGGUCCGUAGGAAUCACCGAGAGGGUGAAGAGCGAAUUUAUUGCAAAGGCGAAAACUCGUCUUUGCAACACCGUCUCCGAUUGGAAGGACAAGUGGGAGAUUUACGGCUAUGAGGGGAAGCCGAGCGGGGUCACAAAGGAAGCAUGGGAUGGCCUCAUCACCUAUUGGAACGAACCCAGCUCCAUCCGCAAAGCCAACUCCUGCUCCGCUUCCCGAAGA